AUGGCUCCUCGUUUUUGGACUGCGCUUUGGGCGCUUACUCUUGGCCAUGCAGCCAUCGCCGCCCCGCAAGCACCGUUGACCUCUCGUGCGACGGGUGAUUUGGGUACCUGGUUGGCGUCUGAGGUCACAGUGGCAAGACAGGGUAUCCUGGAUAACAUUGGAUCCGCUGGUGCCCAUGCUGCAAAUGCAAAGCCGGGCAUUGUAGUAGCCAGCCCGAGCACCUCUGAUCCCGACUACUAUUACACCUGGACUCGGGACUCGGCCCUGGUGUUCAAAACUUUGGUCGAUAUGUUCAAAAACGGCGACAGCGCGUUGUUGAAUGUCAUUGAAGAAUAUAUCAAUGCGCAGGCCUAUAUCCAGACAGUAUCGAAUCCAUCUGGGAAUCUUUUCAGCGGUGGACUGGCAGAGCCCAAGUUUAACGCCGAUGAGACAGCUUUCACUGGCUCUUGGGGUCGCCCUCAGCGUGACGGACCGGCCUUGCGAGCCACUGCAUUGAUUUCAUUUGGUCAAUGGCUUAUUGGUAACGGGUACACCAACUAUGCGACCAACAUUGUCUGGCCCGUUGUGCGCAACGAUCUGUCCUAUGUUUCGCAAUACUGGAAUCAGACCGGAUUUGAUCUCUGGGAAGAAGUUUCUGGCUCAUCGUUCUUUACCAUCGCGGCUCAGCACCGCGCCUUGGUAGAGGGAAGCACGUUUGCGAAACAAGUCGGUUCCUCAUGUUCGUAUUGUGACUCUCAGGCUCCGCAGGUCCUGUGCUUCCUACAGUCUUUCUGGACUGGAUCUUACACUUUGGCCAACUUUGGUGGUGGACGCUCGGGCAAAGACGCCAACACCCUGCUCGGUAGCAUUCAAACUUUCGACCCGGAGGCAGGAUGUGAUGACACCACAUUCCAGCCCUGCUCGGCUCGAGCCCUCGCAAACCACAAAGCUGUGACUGAUUCGUUCCGAUCGAUCUACUCUGUCAACUCAGGUAUCGCGGCCGGUAAGGCUGUUGCUGUUGGUCGAUACCCAGAGGACUCAUACUACAAUGGUAACCCAUGGUAUCUCUGCACUUUGGCUGCCGCCGAGCAGCUGUAUGAUGCUAUAUACACGUGGAACCGUAUCGGCUCUUUGACAAUUACCUCUGUGUCUUUGAACUUCUUCAAGGAUCUGUACAGCUCUGCUGCGACCGGUACCUACUCUUCGUCCAGUGAUACAUACUCCGCGAUCGUGAGUGCGGUCAAAGCAUAUGCGGAUGGAUAUGUUGGUGUUGUGGAAAAAUACGCACCGUCCAGUGGCUCCUUGGCCGAGCAAUUCUCCAGGUCCGAUGGCUCCCCACUUUCAGCUCGUGACCUGACUUGGUCCUACGCAGCCUUGCUUACCGCCAAUGAGCGUCGAAAUGCCAUAGUUCCCGCACCAUGGGGCGAGACCUCUGCCAGCAGUGUCCCUGCCCAAUGUCAGCAUACUUCAGCUAUUGGUACUUUCAGCAGUGCAACAAAUACCGCUUGGCCUAGCACUUUGACUAGUGUGUCAGGUGGUGUAACUACUACUGGAUCAGGUGGAACUGCCACUACGACCACGACGACUACGACCACAGCAUGCACCGCUCCGACUUCCGUUGCAGUGACAUUCAACGUGAUUGCCACUACCGCAUAUGGCCAGAAUAUCAAACUUGUUGGAUCUAUUUCCCAGCUUGGCUCCUGGUCCCCAAGUAGUGCUAUCGCGCUGAGCGCUUCCUCGUACACUUCGAGCAACCAUUUGUGGUUUGUGACUGUGCCACUUACACCGGGUACUAGCUUCACCUACAAGUAUAUCCAGGUGGCAAGUGAUGGUACUGUUACGUGGGAGAGCGACCCAAACCUCUCGUACACUGUUCCCGCCCAGUGCGGCACCAAUGCUGCCACGAUUAGUGAUAACUGGAGGUGA